AUGGACUUGCUUGAUACCGAACGGCUCUACUCACUGGUGUUCCAAGAAAUAUGCGACUGCUAUGGAAAGAAAUACAGCUGGGACGUCAAGUCCCUCGUUAUGGGAAAAAAGGCAUUGGAAGCAGCACAGAUCAUAAUAGACGUCCUGCAGCUGCCGAUGUCCAAAGAGGAGCUGGUGGAGGAAAGCCAGACGAAGUUGAAAGAAGUGUUCCCCAAGGCUGGUCUGAUGCCAGGCGUGGAGAAACUCAUCCACCACCUGCGAAAGCAUGGUGUGCCCUUGGCCGUUGCCACCAGCUCUGGCCGUGCAUCGUUUGAGAUGAAGACCAGCAGACACAAAGAGUUCUUCAGCUUGUUUGACCACAUCGUUUUGGGGGAUGACCCCGAAGUGAAGAACGGAAAACCAGAUCCCGACAUAUUUCUAGCCUGUGCGAAGAGAUUUUCUCCUCCUCCUCCCAUGGAGAAGUGCCUCGUGUUUGAAGACGCUCCCAAUGGCGUGGAGGCGGCCCUUGCAGCCGGCAUGCAGGUGGUCAUGGUUCCAGAUAGGAACUUGCACCGACACCUGACAUCCAAAGCCACCCUGGUGCUGGAUUCCCUGCAGGACUUCCAGCCUGAGUUGUUCGGUUUGCCGCCCUUCGAAUGAGCGGCCCGCCAUGCCUCCCUGGGCGCCACGGGUGACCCACGGCACCUGAGCGGUCCUUCCAGCCCGUGAGGUUGGCCUUCUAGCCCAUGUGGGCUCGGCCUCCCCGGAUGAGUGCUGACAAACCUCAACGUCCCAGCUGAGAGACAGCAAAGCAGUCACAGCCCAGAACAGAGACGGAAACGCUCAUUUGCAUAAUCAUACGGGAAUGAUCAUUCAAUGUUACUGCAUUUGAAUAGUCAUGUAAUAGUCAUGUGCGGCAGAUACACAUGCAUACACGUGCUUGUUUGUGAGUGCUCCUGCAUGUGUGUGUAUAUGUGCCUGUGUAUUUAUACAUACUUAUACAUAUAUAUGUAAAAUGCUUCCUUUCCCAAGACAAAAUUAAAUUUUAUUUGUGUUCAUUUCUUUUCCUUUUCAGUUUUUCUAAAC